AGAGCCGGCCGCGACCACGCGCCCGCGAGUGGCGGGGGGAGACGCGCAGUCUCCGGCCCAGACCACUGCACCAGACUGCGGGGGGCGAUGCGCGCGGCCUCCUCUUUGGAGCGCGCCGGGGUCGGUUGGAGUCCGGCAUGGCCCGGAGCCGGGCGGCACUACUACUGCCGUCUCUGAUGCUCCUGCUGCUGGUGACCCCUUCCCAGGUCUCCCCCGACUACCAGUACUUCGGCCAGCAGGGCGAAGGGGACACCUGGGAGCAGCUGCGGCUGCAGCAUCAGGAGAAAGAAUUGGAAGACUCUGUCCUUGGCCCUUGGGGAAAGUGGCGCUGUUUCUGCGACCUGGGCAAGCAGGAGCGCAGCCGCGAGGUGGUGGGCACGUCGCCGGGUCCGGUGUUCAUGGACCGCGAGAAUCUGGUGCAGGUGCGACCCUGCCGGCAACGGGACUGUUCAUCCUGCGAGCCGAACGACUGCGACUGGAGGCUCUGAGCCCGGCCGCAGCGGGAGGAGCUCCAGAGAUACCGGGGCGGAGCUUGGAAAGCGACACCGCCCACCCGGUUCCCCAAACGCGGAGCUCGCUUGUCAGCCUCGGAAACUACAAUUCCCAGGAAGCCGCACGGCAGC